UCCGGCACUCCGGCGAGGACGGUCGCCAUCGGCAGCAACAGGCAGGGGGCUUCAUGGGUCCCAAGGCUGACCCUGGAGCGGCUGAGCAUACCUCAGCUAUGGACGAAACCCAAACCCAAAUGGCGCCCGAGCAGGGACCUGAUUUUGUGAGUGACAGUGGAAAACAUGAAACGGUCACCAACGCUCAUGAAUUAGGUUCGCCAAACCCCCCGCACAAUCACAAGCAUCGCAGUACUCCAGCGAAUAAGGCUCUAACGCUGGAGACGGACACGACCAGUUGGAUUUACUGGCUGCAGAAGGACCGAUUAAUCACCGAGUGCAGACGACACCACAUCGCUAUCGAAGGGCGCACCGUAGCAGAUCUCCGUAGCGAGCUGAGCGCCUGCAUCCGUGCAAAGCGCCACAAUAAAUCCACGGAGGAUCUGGUAAAAGCUUUGGAAAGGGAAAUGAAGGAGGAAGAUAACGCCACCAUACUCGUUCCACAUAUGCAUAUGUAUGUACAUAUAGAGCAGUGCGCUCACGCUUUUUACUGAUAAAUGAUAAUAUCACGAUUUGAAUUUGAAUUGUACUUACAUAUGUAUGUAUGUAACUAUGUGCUAAUAUGUAGAUGCGUAUGAUAAUUUAAAUGAAGAAAUGUAAUUUACAUACAAUAUUCUUGUAAUAUAUUAAGUUUUUUAGGAUAUUAUGAAAGUAUGUCAUAAAUAUAUAUAACGUAUCCACAUACAUAUGUAUGUACAUACAUAUU